AUGGCCAACAACUACGAAGACAUUGCUAAGCAAUUUAUUGAAAUAUACUACAACACCUUCGACAGCGAGCGGAAGAACCUGGCCACUCUCUACCGUGACAACUCUAUGCUCACUUUCGAGUCAGCCUCCUCCCUCGGCGCCAACAGCAUCGUCGAGAAGCUCGCCAGUCUCCACUUCCAGAAAGUCAAGCACCAGGUUUCGACCCUCGAUGCCCAGCCUUCCAACAGCGAUGGAGGCAUCAUUAUCCUCGUCACCGGACAGCUCUUGGUCGAUGAGGAGCAGCGCCCCAUGAACUACACUCAGGCCUUCCAGCUUAGCCGCGACGCCGCCGGCCAAUACUACGUUUACAACGACAUCUUCAAGCUGGUUUACGGUUAA